GCCGGGCGGGGGGGCCGGCAGAUGAAGAUGGCAAUGUCUGUGAUCCAAGCGUGCCGCAGCCUGGCGCUCUCAACAUGGCUGCUGUCCUUUUGUUUCGUGCAUCUGCUGUGCCUGGACUUCACCGUGGCCGAGAAGGAGGAGUGGUACACGGCCUUCGUCAACAUCACCUACGCCGACCCGGCGGCCGGCAGCGCCGAGCUCCGCAGCGAGAAGAGCGAGUGCGGGCGCUACGGCGAGCAGUCGCCCAAGCAGGACGCCCGCGGGCAGGUGGCCCUCUCCGCCUCGCCCUUCGACAUGUACGCCUGCGACCCCGGCACCCGCUUCAACGCCCCGGCGCCGGGCAAGAGCUGGGUGGCCCUGAUCCCGCGGGGAAACUGCACCUACAAGGACAAGAUCCGCCACGCCGCCGCCCAGAACGCCUCGGCCGUCGUCAUCUAUAACGUGGGCUCCAGCAACGCCAACGAGACCAUCACCAUGCCGCACGCAGGCUUAGAAGAUGUUGUAGCAAUAAUGAUUCCUGAACCCAAAGGAAAGGAGAUAGUGAGCCUCCUGGAGAGGAACAUUACUGUGAUGAUGUACAUAACCAUCGGGACACGCAACCUGCAGAAGUACGUCAGCCGGACCUCGGUGGUGUUCGUCUCCAUCUCCUUCAUUGUGCUGAUGAUCAUCUCCUUGGCAUGGCUGGUCUUCUACUACAUCCAGAGAUUCCGCUACGCAAAUGCCAGAGACAGAAAUCAGCGCCGGCUUGGAGAUGCUGCGAAGAAAGCAAUCAGCAAGCUGCAAGUCAGGACGAUCAGGAAAGGUGACAAGGAGACUGAGCCAGACUUUGAUAACUGUGCUGUUUGUAUCGAAGGCUACAAGCCCAAUGAUGUUGUCAGGAUAUUGCCUUGCAGGCACCUUUUCCACAAGUCCUGUGUAGACCCCUGGCUGCUAGACCAUCGUACCUGCCCGAUGUGUAAAAUGAAUAUUCUAAAAGCUCUAGGGAUUCCGCCCAAUGCGGAUUGCAUGGAUGAUAUACCUCCAGACUUGGAAGCGUCCAUAGGAGGCCCACCGACCAACCAGAUCACGGGAGCCAGUGACAUCACCGUGAACGAGAGCUCGGUGGCCCUGGACACCCCAGCCCGCGCCGUGGGAGCGCUGCAAGUCAUCCAAGACGUGGACUCCUUUCCCCAGGCUGGCGAGGGGAACUUCACAACGAGCAAUGAACAGGAGCCAGCAGUCAGCAGUGAUUCAGAUAUUUCGUUGAUUAUGGCAAUGGAGGUUGGACUGUCCGAUGUGGAGCUUUCCACCGAUCAAGACUGCGAAGAGGUGAAAUCUUGAAAAACGGAGAUCCAGCACUAAACUCCAGGGGAGGGUCACAGGUAGGGACCGAGUUGGCUUUCUAGGAUUUGGACCAGUCAUGCACAUGCCUCCAGAGCACUGUCACUCCUGCACACUCCACACUGAGACGGUCAUGAAAAGCAAUAGCAGCUCUCGUGUCCGCCUGGAUGCGGUUUCAUCGUCUGCGCGCCUUCGUUGGGCUCACGCGGGAGACGGACGCUUGCAGCUUACCCGCGUGCUCGAGAGCCGUCAUGGAACUCGCCGGGGGCUCGUAAACGUGAGACUGAAAUGACAGCUUGAGUGUUUUCUACACUUGUUCAAUCCAAUUUUUUUGUUGGGCUUUUUGAAGAGGCGUUUGUUUAUUUUAUUUGUUUGUUUGUUUAUAGUUUGUUAUGGAUGGACGCUCUGUUUUUAUUGACUGACCCCAGCUUUUUCAAGAGUUCAGUCCAGAAAUCUGAAUUCCCGCUCACUGGUCACUUCGUGAUCUGACCGGGAUUUAUCAUUGCCUUGUUGUUUCUGCAUGAAUUACGUGUGGCUGGCUUCAGAAGGAUGAUGCACCAGCACCCUGCGUUAAUGUAACACCUGCUUUCUUUACCUGGAAGGCUUGGAAAUGGUAUCUUCUGAAGGCUUUUAUUUGUAUGAGAGCUCUGAAUUAGCAGAAAUUUGGGUUAAAAUGACGUUCGUUUGUCUUUUACUUAGAGCUCUGUUCUAGACAGGUAUUGCACAGUGUGAGGGAGAGAAAGAAAAGCUCAAAGCGUCACUCCGUCCAUGUAGUCCUGUCCUGUAUUUUAUGCUAUUCACAGCUGUCAGUACAUUAGUGUCCUUCCUUCAGGUGACAAUUCAGUGGCUGGAAAAAAGGGAUCUAGCAUAACAUCAUUUCUUUUCUUAAUUUUACAGACCAAAACCAGAUCAGUGAGCUAAAGAAGCACCUGAGAGGUUUCGGGAGGCUGCUUAUUAACAGUUCUGCAUUGAGUGAGUGACAGUGUUCUUACAAAGGGUCUGGAGAUGCUGAGGGAGCAAGAGGCAGCCGUUUGAAAUGUUUAACCCCUGGUUUGCUUUGGGUCUUUUCCCUUAGUGUCUUUCAUUUUUCACAUUUUGGCAGAGGUUUUUGUCUGCUUGUUAUCUCACGGGGGCUCGGGUGGUUUGAUGCCCUCCAGAGUCCCUGUCAGCGGUGUUGGAAGCAUAACAGACUAUUUGUAUACAGAUACCAAAAUAUAUUGGGGAGGGAAUUUGAAAGUAAAAGAGCUAACAUACAUCAAAACACCUAAAUAAUAAUGGCCUGAUGUAAUAAUUUAUUUCAUCCUGACCUCUGCUUUCCAGGUAAGAGCUCAUUGUUAACUGUUCAGUGUAGGAUUUGGUUUUUCAGUCAAAAUACUCAGCUGUGAAGAAGCUUACUGUUACACAAGAGUACAUCAUUUCUGUUGAGAGUCAGAUGAUUUGAAUCACGUUACUGCCUCCUGAGUUGGUCCACAGAAUCAACAAUUCAUCUUACAUUGAAAUUUCACGCAGAGGUCAAACGUUUUGACUUGGUUGUGUCAUGGCAGCAUCUCAAAAUGCAACUGCUGGGGCUCUCUGCAUUUAAUCCCUUGUGGAAAUUUACUUGUUAAAUGUGAAAAUCGGCUUCCAGCCAAAAUUUCUGUUUGUCAGAUUUUGUUCAGGAACAAAUGUGUUUAGAAAUAUCCCUAAAAUUUUGACUGACAUGCUUCUUUAGUAUAUGAAGAAGAAAAAAAUAUUCUCCAUGCUCUUUUUUAGAACUAAUUAAACAUUUAGUUUAAUUUGCUUUUAUGUUCUUAGUCCCUAAACUGCGGGUUAAUCUUGAGGUAAAGGUUUUAAACUGAAAGAGGGCAGAUUUAGAUUAGAGAUUAGAAAUAAAUUAUUGCUGUGAGGGUGGUGAGGCACCAGAAGAGGUUGCCCAGAGAAGCUGUGGAUGCCCAAUCCCUGAAAGUGUUCAAGGCCAGGUUGGAUGGAACUCUGAGCAACCUGGUCUACGGAAAUAUGUCCCUGGCCAUGGCAGAGGGUUUGGAACUAGAUGAUCUUUAAGGUCCCUUCCAACCCAAGCCAUUCUGUGAUUCUAUGAAAAUGGCCCAUAAAUGUGCUGUUACCUCCUUAGAGGCCAUUGGAAUGGAAAUGUUUUUUCAAUGAAAGAGAGGAGAUGGAGGCAGCUGGAAAUCUCGGUUAAAAAAGAAGGUUACAGACUGCUCCGGAGGGUACACGAUGUCAGUCUCGACAAUAUUUGUGGUUCUGUAAUCUUGUUUUCCGGAUUCUUUUAUGUCUUCUCUACUCCUUGCUGCUGUGGGAAAGGCCUGACACAUCAAUGUUGAAAUUGACCCCUACACACAAGAGUUUGCACACAAGGUACUGCAUCAGCUCCACUUAAGCUCUGUAAAUAAUGCUGAAAUGGGAUUUAAGUGGCGUUUACAUCAAAUUUUGACCCAGGAAUGAAAUUCAUUUCAAAAAUCUGCAGGGGAAGGAGUGAGGCUGGUUGUAUAUAGUAGGGGCUCCUUAUAGAAAGUCCACACACUGGUACAAUUUCUUCUCCACCACUGGAGCCUGGGUGCCACGUGUCACAGGAACAUCACAAACACAAUGUUGGCAGUGAUCCUGUCACAUGUGCAGACUGUGGCUCAGCACACAGGCAGAGAACUCCUGGCCAAACUGUUUGGGGUUUCAGAGGAGCUGUCACAAAGUCUUUGUUCUAUUUCUUGAACUGAAUUAAGUUGAUCUCAAUGGAUAGAUUGACCAAUUAGCUGUUGCUGUGGCAGAACCACGCACGUAGCAGAAUGAGCAAAGUCUGGAAGAGCGAGGCAGGCGGGGAAACUCAGCUGAUACUGAGCCGGGUCCUUUGCCCAGCAAAAUCAUUAAAGGGAGCUGUGCUCAAAAAGGCUUCGCAGAUCUGUUCAUUCAGAUGCUGCACCUACUUCUGGGAACAUUUAAUGAGGAACUUUGUAGAGGUCUCAUGCUGUGCACACACUUUUCCUAAAGAUCCCGUACGAGAUCAGGCCCCUCAGGGUCUACAGGUGGCCACUGGCAGAGGCAGGGUGCCAGGCUGGGUGAGUGGUUUUGACAUAUCACCGGUUGGUGAUGUGCCUUUUGGAAGAGGCAUCCUAGCAGAGCUGGGUCAGGAAUCUUUCUGCUUUUGUUUUCCCAGUUCUACCGGCAGGUUCACUCAGGGAAGAUGUUGUUCCAUCCCUGUCCUCAGGUGCUGAGCACAGUUAAGUGAUGAUGAGGGCAAAGCCAGCUUACACAUCACUGAAGCUUGAACUUAGGAAAGCACUUGAGUAAAUGUUUUAUUCCAUCCUUCUUCAAAAAACCGCUUAUGAUUAAUUUUGGACUUGUACCAAAAUUGCGUUAUUUUCAAUAGGUCUUCUGUGAGCAUAAUUAAGCCCCUGUGUCAAAAGGAAAUGUCCUCCUGAAGCUCAGCCUGACUGACAACAAUCUUUGCAUAUAUAGCCUGUGAACUACCUUGGGAAUUUGAGGUGCUUUAUAAACGUUAAGACCCCCUGAUGUGUGUGUUUGUAACACGUGUGAAAGCCUUAAUUCUGUCUCUCUGCAUGCCUGUGCACACUUUGGCACUGCUGCCCGCCAAGCUUGGGCGUUAGGUAGGUGGGGUUCAGCUGCUGGGGACACAGCACUGGUUGUUCAGAAGGGAGAGCAGCCUUUAGCAUGCAGCCAGGGAAGAAGAAAAUCCUCCAGAGCCCUCUGGCAAGCAAGUGUUCACCAAUACAAUUCUGCAGGCUGGGCCCAUGGCCGGGCUCGGGGUCAUCUCCUGCACAGGGGCGGUGGCCAGGGGAUUGUGUGGCUCCCGGGAAAAGGCACUCCUGUCAUUGAGUCGAUCCUGUGCCCCUCCCAGCAAUUCCUAUCUUGUCAUCUGAAGCACUUUUCUUUUCCCUGAGCAAGUGGUAGGUGGCAGAAGCAUUUCCCUUCGCGUGGCUCAUCAUUGCUCGGGCUGGGUUGCAGGAUAAAACUUGGUGAGACAGAAACCGCGCUCAGAGUAUACUUGGAUUUUCUUGGGUUUCACUGAGCUGCCUUCCCAAAGGUCUGUCCAGUAGGUAGGAUGCAUGGAAAGUGCUGCAGGCAGAAUUUUGCACUCACAAAUGACCUGGUGCAUGCAUGCAGAUGUGCAAGGCACCGGGUCUGCAUCCCCACAGCUCACCUGUUCUGCUGGGGAUACGGAUCUGGCACUUACUGAGGGUUUGGGUUUUUUUUAUUUUCUGACUCUUUUCGAGCCUCUAAAACAGGAUCAGGACUAUCAUAGCACUGUAGUUUGUUCUUUAAGCACUCUGUAGAAUUAAAUGGACAUCUAUGCAUAUGAAAGUGCAUUGAUGUGAGUAUGGAAACUGCGCUGUUGCGAAAUCAGAAGCGGUUGUCAUUUUUAGGCCUUCUAUUUGAGGGAGACUGUGGCACUAAAGAAAAAGGCUUUGUAGAGGCAGUUUGGAAAAAUCGAUUAUUGAAAUCACGUAUGAUAAGUGGUCCCUUGGAUCUCACUAAUGACCCCUGGAUCAAAUCUCAAGGAAGUCAUUGCAAGAAGGGCAUUGAUGUUGGGAUGCGUCCAUUUUACAGGACUAGAAUGGCAGAGGAAUCCAGCCUGUUCCUUCCCAGCCCAUCUCACGAGUGUUUGUCCAAGGGUGAGCUUUGUUGCAGGGGAGGGAGAUCAUGGGAUCAGACUUGCACAGCGCUGAUUCCUCUCCCGCGUUUUGUGCCUCCGGUAUCUCUUGGAGCAGCUGGGAGAAGGGAAAGGAGCUGGCCCGAGUUCAGCUCCAGGGCUGGGUGAAAAGCAGGCCAUGGGCUUUCAGCAGGUUGGGCACAGCCGAGCUUCUUCAUGGCUAUUGCUGACCCUGGGGUCGGCACUUUGUGUUGAUGAACGCCGAGCCCCCGUGGACUCGUUUGUUUGUGGAUGCACAAACCCGUGAGCGGAUUCGGGGCAGGCAGCGAAGGCGGUGAUUCGGCUUGGUUAGCGCCAGCGGGAAACAGUGUGCCGAAUUCCAGGGCUGAGGGAAAGUGAGGCUGGAGGGGUUGCUUUCUUAAACAGGGGAAAUGGAUCCAAAACAAGCGCUGCUUUCAUUUUACCAAGCUGUUACCUGAACUAAUUGAUAGUUUCAGAGAACGAAGAGUGCUAGCUGGACUGUUCAGGGAGGGUUGGUUUGUGCAGCAGAUGGCAGCUGCGGGUUGGCACGGAGGGCGAGGGUCAGGGCUGCCCCUCUGCCACAGCGCUCACCCCUCCGGGCUGGACACCCACUUGGCCCCUUUAUCUGCCCAUUUCUUUUUCAAGGAAGCACCCUCGAGAAAGGAGCGCUCCUUGAAAAAGGAGCUGUGUUUCAAAGGGAGAAACAAAGAAAUGAAAGAUGUGGAUUUUGGACGAAAAGCCAACGGAUGAUUUUUCCAUCUGAAAUUAAUCUUGUCCCUCUCGAGUAUUUUAAUUGUGAAUUGGUGGAAGUUACUUCUUUCUGUAGUGACUGGAAAAAGAAAUGAGAGGAAAAAAAGGAGUAAUGGUGUUUUCCCUUUUUUGUUUCUUUCUUGAUUCUUCGGUCCUGAGUAGCAUUAAACACGAUACCCGGAUCACAAUGCUUGUUUGCUCUGAAUGUAUACAGUUAUUUCAGAUGUCAAAUAUCUAAAUGUUUUGUAUAUGUAUGUGAUGCCAUCCUCAAUACUUGUUUCAUGUUAGGAACCUGAAAUGACUGUACCAUUUUAUAAUUAGAUAUGUAAAGAGGGGACAGCGGGUGGGAGGGUCUGUUAUUUUUAUACCAAGAUGUUCCUUGUAUUUAGUGAACAUUUAAAACAGUUUUGUACUUGUCAAAAUAUACAUUCCAUCCAUUUCCAGAAGAGAAUUAUUUCUAUUUAGAGUAGUUUAUAAGCAAACAAACAAACAAAAAAAAAACCAAAAAAACAAACAAACAAAAAAAGGAAGUGGCAUCCCACUUGUAUGCAGUUCCUGAACAGAGCAGCAGUAUCCUGGUUUUCUGUGGUGGCAACAGAGCUUUUUCUCUAGCCGUGCUCUUCUCAAAUGCAGCAGAGCCAUACCAGCAAAAGCCAUUGUUACAAAAGGAAUAAAAAUCCCAAACGAAGUAAAUACCAUAUGGAUCAGCGCACAGCUUAACCGAAUAACUGGCUGAAGUUCAGAGACAAUGGUCUGUCCCAGUGAAAGCCUCCAAAGAGUGCGGCUCUGGACAGCAGGAGCACAUUCACCGGGAGGCUUCGGCUCUCUGUGCGUGCCUGGCAGAGCCAGCAGGCUCAGCGGGCUGGGGGGAUGCAGGGUUGUUACGUGGCUCUGGCUGUGCUGCAGCUUUGGUUUGGGAAACACCUACCAAAAGGCCGUGGCAAAGUCACGCUGUGGCAUUGGCACGGGCCGUCCUUUUCCUUGCAGUUGUCUUUGUCGUUCCCUCCCUCUCCCCGCUACCUGUGACGUGCUGCCAAAACCGUGCAGUAGCAGUUUGUGAAGACUUUUUUUUUUUUUUUGCCUUUUUUUUCCCCUUCUUUGCAGUCUUGCAAGUAAACUUUUAACUCUUUGCUGACAUUUUAUAACGUAUGCAUCUUCCUCUCCAAUGCACUUUAUCUCUCUUGAAAAACUUGGGAGUCGGAGAACUACCAUCUUAAAGGGAUUUGCCUGAAAUCGUGAGACACGUACUUUUUAUUAUUUUGUGUCCUUUUUGCUUUGUUAGAUACUGUAAGUGCUAAAGAGCAUAGACAGUGACUCAGCUGGGGGAAAUACCGAAAUGUUGUGGCUAAUACUUGGAAGCAUUAUUCAGUAGUCCAACAUGGCUAUUUUUGUUAUAUAGAGGAUUAUAAUGUAAAUAUGUGAGACCGUGUUACUACGUACUAGUAAAAUAUUGCAACUCUCAAAAGUUAAGAUGGUGAAUUCCAAGGAAUUUUAUUGCAAGUUUUUUAA